AUGGAGGAGAUCUCGAAGUUGAUAACUAACAGCUUAUGGGAGGGCGGAGAAAUUGGCUACUAUUUCUCAGCUUCUAAGGGAUCAGCGGGCGGAUUACUGAUUAUGUGGAGAACUAGCUAUGUUUCUAUUUUAUCUAGCUUCUGCGGAAACGAAUUCUUGGGUAUAAAGGUCAGUUGGAAGAGUGGUAUAUACUAUAUAGUAAAUAUUUACUCCUCUUGCUCUUUAUCUUUGAAGAGGGUUUUAUGGAGGGAUUUGCUAAUCUUAAAAAAUAAUUUUACUGAUGGAGAUUGGUUAUUUGGUGGAGAUUUUAAUGCUGUGAAGACUAGAAACGAGAGAGUUGGGAGCUCAGUCAAUAUGAAUGCUACGGGGAGGAGGGAUUUUUCUAUCUUUAUUGAUAGUUCCGGUCUUGUGGACGUUCCUUGCAAGGGCAGAAAGUACAGUUGGUAUAGCGGAGAUGGGAGGUCCAAAAGUAGGAUUGAUAGGUUUCUUGUGUCUGAUUCCAUCGUUUCCUCGUGGGGAGUGGCUGGUCUGUUAAUUGGAUUGUGGGAUGUCUCCGAUCAUUGUCCGGUGUGGUUAGAAGUGGAUAAGGAGGAUUGGGGGCCUAAACCUUUCAAGUUUAACAACGAAUGGUUCUCUAAUAAGGACUUUUUACCCUUUGUCGAAAAGCACUGGAAGGCGAUGGUGGUAAGAGGAAGAAGUGAUUUUGUCUUGAAAUAA